GCCGUAGUCAACCUCCACCCGCCCAUGACCACAGACUGGACAAUGAAGCGUCACGACCCUUCAUCUUCCCAGCAGUAUGCCGACCAAUCUAGACAUCUCCACGCCGAAGAGCGUCACGUGCUCCAUAUGCCAGCGGCGCUUCUCGCGGACGGAUCAUCUCAAGCGGCAUCAUCUGCGGCAUUCGGGGGUGAAGCCUUACUCUUGUAUCUUCUGCAACGAUUCGUUUACCCGGAGCGAUAAUCUGAGGGAUCAUUAUCCAAGCUGCUCCCAGAGGAUGAACCGGCCAAUCCCCGAGGCGGCAAGAGGUGGCCGGAGAUCUCAUGCGUGUGACACGUGUACCACCAUGAAACUUGGUUGUGAUGGGUCCAACCCUUGUAAAACUUGUCGUCACAAGGGAAUUGAGUGCAAGUACUCCCGGCUGCAAUCGAAGCGUGUUGGGGUAAAACCAGACGUGUCUGCUUCUAUUAAGCCUGCACAAGAGACCACUACCCCGUCAUCUGACCGAGAGUCUAUAAAGUUCCUCCUGAAUUCGGGGACUGCCAGCUUUAUGGAAUGCUUUUGUUUCCCCUCUAACCCAUCUCAGAAUGAGAGGCGAGAACUCUUCAAUUUCGCGAGUGGAUCGAGUGAUUCGAAUGCUUUACACUUCUUUGGGAAUGGCAGUGAAAAUGGCAGUACCUUUUCUGAUCCUUUUGAAGAUGAACCUAUUGACUGGUCAUCAUUCCAAGACGAGAAUCUCCUGAAAUUCUUGAACAGCCCCUUCACGGAAGUACAAAUGCAGGCUGAUGAUAUAUUUGCUCCGAUGUUCAUGGAUCCAAAUUUCUCGCAUGCUGGACUAGUCACCGGUAUGCCCUGUCCACCGGAAUGGGAGCCGGCGAGCGUACAAUCAGCCGCUAUUAUACAAGGCUUACGGGGCAAAGCUAGCCUGUUAAAUUUGAACCCUCAGGAGCAGACAGAUCUCUCGCAACAUCUGGAUUAUAUCUUCACACCUUCUCGAAUAGAAAGAAUGGUCAGCCUUUAUUUUGAGUUCUGGCAUCCACACUGCCCUAUCAUCUACCGACCUACAUUUAGCAUAGAGACGACACCAACGCCCCUACUCAUAUCCAUGACUCUCAUGGGAGUUAUGUACUCGCAAGUUGACCAUGAAGUAAAAUCGGGGAAGAUCUUGCUCGAUCUGGCUGAGAUGUUUGUUUUUUCUGCGAGUGAUCUCACAGAAGAAUCUGAGAUUCAAAGAAUGCUGCGGGCCUCGUUGGGUUCGUCUCCAGAUCAGUCUGGCAUGCUGAGCUCGAUGGCACUUCAGAAUCUGCAGGCUGCAUACGUGAUGGUGUGUCUCCAGUUUUGGGCUGGGAAUCCAGUUGCUCGGAGGAGAGCUAUUGAGAGAUUUGCGGUGGUGGUAAAGGUGGCAAGAAGACUCGGCCUGACGAAAGCGAGACAUGACCUUGAAGAUAGCCUUGAAGAAUGUCUGUGGAUCCAAAAAGAAUGCCAAAUAAGACUGAUGAGCACCAUGACUCUUCUCGAUUGUGCCUUCGCAUUCUUCUCGAACUUCCCCUGUCGACUCAGUGUCACAGAAAUGAAGUUCGAUCUCCCCUGCGAAGAUGCACUCUUUGCGUCUGAGCACCCCUUUUCGGAGCCCACAUUCACAGCAAGUCGACAUCUCACCACUCAAGAAGCAUUCAAAAGUCUUUUUAGACCAGACAAAUUGCAAAUUCCGGAAAAUGCGGUAGAGGAGCCAAACCCAUUAGGGUUGAAUCCUUACGAUAUGUUCAUAUUAAUACAUCUUAUUUAUGUAUAUACUCAUACACAAAUCUCGCUCUUCUCACCUUCCCUUCCCCGGUCUCCCAACGCAUCAGGAACAUCCACCCCUUCUGGCGCUACCCCAGGCCGCUCAGUCGACACUAAUAUUGCGCUCAUCAAAAUCGCUCUCUCACGCUGGCGUGUCCUCUGGACUGCUAUUCGAGCCAGUAUUCCUAGUAAUGUCUGGGCCAAUUUGGGAUUCUUUCGAAACGGGUAUAACUACUGGCUCGUGACCCAGUUAUUGGUAAAUAACAAAGGAAGUGUUGAUGUGAUGGGGGGAAUGGAGGUUAACUGCGAUGAUACGUUAAAGCAAUUGAAAGCGCUACUGAAGGAUAGUGGGCCGGACGAUUAGAUCUUAGACACCAUCUAAUAAUAAAAGAGAAACUGAAAAGUUCCACGAUUCUGCAGAAUCUAAAUGCUUGAAAUUCAUACUUUCUUCCAGUCCGUUCCAUCUCCCAAGACCGCCUGUCCCUUUGCCAAAGUCUUACUCACCUCCUCCCCGAGCCACUGCGGCUCCGUCCUCUGAAUGCCCUCCUCAAUAUCCCACCCCCGUCCGCCCUCCACAAAAACCGCCUUCCCAUUGGUCUUGCCAUCGCCCCCAACUUCCAGAAUGAUCCUACCCACAUCACCUGGUGUAUUAACCGGCAGUCCUUC